UACUUUAUUCUUAAUGCAGUAUUCGAUUACAAAAUAGGAGAAAUCAAAAUCUGCGUGGUGACACAAAUUUUUCCCACCAAGUAUGUUUCAGUCUUGAGUGUUAAAGUGGUUCUUUGUUAGGUUAAUUAAACUAUUAUUGUCACAAAAAAUUGGGAUGUGGUCUAAAUUAAGAUAUAACCAUCUAGUUAUUAUUGUCUAAUAUAAGUUGCUAUGAGAAGUGCUAAGAACUAGCAAUUAACUUAGUUGCUCUUUUAAUCAACUCUUCAACCUACAAAAUCAUCAUCAAAACACCACACAAGUUUGAAUGAUACCUUAUAGUUAGGAAACCAUGAUCCUAUGUUUGGUGUUCCUAUAAUAUAUGUAUUUUGUUUACAACUAAUUUGUGGGACUCUUCAUCAAACAUGAUGCUCAAUUUAUGACUAUUAAGUAUAAUAAGAAUCAUAUCAAUCUUAUAUACAAAUUAAAAUUCACUAACUUUUUACUUGCAUCUCUACUAGCUUUGUAGUUGGGCUUAUGGGGUACCAGAUUACUUUAAUCCUUUUAGAUUGAACCUAGUUAUUAAAUUAUGGACAUUUUUCAUUUGCCAAAUAAAAUUUGUAUCAUUCUUCUGCUUCACUUGUAACCUAAGAAAGAAGGUGAGCUCUUUGAUGAAGCUCAUCUCAAUCUCAUUACUCAUAGUAGUGACAAAACCAUAACACAAUUAAUCCUUUAUAGCUCCAAACAAAAUGUCAUCGAUAUGUAUUUGUGUCACUGUCAUAUCAACUCCAAUCCUUUUGAUAAAUUAAGUAGUAUUUACCUUCCAUUUCCUAAACUGCACUUAAUUUUUCUUUCAAGUCUUAGGAGCUUGUUUCAAUCCAUAUAAUGACUUAUUUAGCAAAUACAUCAUGUAGAUAAGUAUAAUCUAUAAACCCAUUUAGCUCCUUUUGAUAAAUUAGAUUCUAACCUAGCUACAGGAGUAUAUGAUUCUUUAAAAUAUAUGCCUUCAAUCUAGUUAUAAUCCCAAGUUACUAGUUUAGUCUUAUUUCUUAUCAUAGUGCCUAAGUCAUAUACCUUAUUCUUAUAGAUUUAAAACCCUAUUCGAAUAAUAUUUUAACAAGGUUUGAAAAUGAUUCAAAUAUGGAUUGAACAAUAUUUGAGCAAAAUUUGAACAUUGUAAAUAGAUACAAUAUAGUGUAGUUCAAGAGAAAAAAAAUUAUCAAUUACACCAUAGAGUACAAUUUAAUAGAUAUAAUAUACUACAAUUUUGGAGAUAUAACAAAAUGUCAUAAUACAACAAAGUGCAAUUUCAGAUAUAGCAUAACAUCCAUAAUAUAACAUAUCUAAAUUGAGAUGUUGAUAAAAACAAUUUUGGUGGAAUUGUAUGCGAUCAAGUUUAACAAUCAGAAUAUGUUGUGUUGAACCUCAUGGGCCUGAUGUAUAUUAAUUAAAAAUAUUAUCGGUUAUACAUCAAAAGUUGAGUUAUGUAUGCAUGAGACUAGUUUUAUAAUAACAUUGUCGGUAUCACAAAUGUGAUAGAAUAUCAUAACGAGGACCUGAUAAAGCUGAAGAAUUAAAUACAAAGAAAGUCUAUCAAAGUCAAGAAAGUUAAGAAAAAAUGUGUGCCAAAUUGUAUUUCCUAUUUUUUAUUUUUUCUUGUAUCUUUUUGUAUUAUAGACAAAUAGUAGGUUGACUGAUGAAGCACAUACAUAUAAAGGUUAGUACAAAAUUAAAUAAAGUUAAUUAAAAUAGUUGACUAUAAGAUAAGGUAUACAGUAUGAUAUAAAUCAUAUUAUAUGAUCCAAAUCAUAUUGUAGGAUAUAAAUGAUAUUUUUAUAAUUAUUGAAAAUCAAGUAACAUUAAUUUUAAUUAAAUAAUAUUUAUAGUAAUUAUUACAAUAAAUAAUAAUUAUAAAAAUAAUAAAAUAAAAUACAUUAUAUGAAGUAAAAUCUAAUGAGAUACAAGAGAAUACUACUUUUUCACCAAUAAAGUUUAUAUCAAUAGGUUACUCUGACAAAUAAUUUAGCUUAGAAGUUAGAAGAGUAUCUCAAAAAUACUUAAUGAGGGGGUGGGCAGAACAGUGUGCGAACUAUGAGGCUAAAGUAGGCAUCAUAUGCCUACACACCACGUUAACAAGAGAGACAAGAAGAGAGCUUAAGGAGGUUGCAUUGCUGCACAUGCAAAUGAGAGUAGAGAGAGAUACAAAAGAGGGACAAGAUUAGGGACUUGGAAGAGUAAUUUGGACAUAUAUUAGGCAAAACAAAAUUUUUAGAGGGGGGGGGGGGGCUCAAAAAUACCCCUCUUCUAAGAAGAAAAAUGAAUUUUAAGGGUGGGGCAACUGGCCACCCUUAUAUGGUUUAGCCUCUAUCGUACUAGACGAUAAACAAUUUCAAAUUUAAAAUAACUAUAACAAUGAAAUUUUAAAAAAUAGGUAAAUUUAAAAUUUGAAUACUUCGUAUAGUACAAAACUUAAUUCCGUGUAUUCUUAUUUACCUAUUUUGAAACAUAAAAUCAAUGAGUCAAAUUAGAUAAUAUAUCAUACUGUAUGGUCUCAAUCGUAUAACACAAAUAAACAUAUAACUUAUUUGGACAAACAUUAUUCAUACAGGAUGAUUCAAUGCUAUGAGUCACCAACAUUGUGAAGAAUUCAUUGUACGAUUGUAAUCAUACAAUCCAAACAAACAAAGAGAUUGUUCGGACGAACCUCAUUCAGAUAGGAUGGUCUAGUUCUUUGAGUUGACAUCAUUGAAUAUAUCAUAUUAUACGAUUCAUUCUUCAUAUUGUUCAAUAAACUUGUGAAAUUAACUAAAUCAAGAUUUUUAGGAUUUAUUUAAAGGAAUAAUGUAAAAAAUUAAACUUUAGAAUAUAUAAUAUGUCUUUGAGUGUCAGGUGUCUUUAUUGUGUCUCUGUGAAACUUUUUUCUUUGACGAUGGAAAGUCUAUGAAAGUCAGAGAGAAAGGUUUUCACUAAUUCUUUGGAAGAGUCUUUGAUCAUACUAUAAUUUAAGGGAGAGGGUGAGAAAAAGUGGAGAGAACAUAAGGGAUCUCUUGGAGGGGUUGUCCAGGUGUGUGAGAGUGGUGCACAAAGUUGUUCAUCUCAGCCAAUGUCUUUUUUGCUCGGGUUGUCAAGCGUGAGGGAUCUUGAGUGAAAGUGCUCUAGAGAGUCUUGGUGUGGAAGACUUUUUGUCAGUCAGGAAGCUAGAGGUGUAGGCAUCUCUACCAUGUUGGGUGCAGGAGGGAGGCUUCUCGGAAGAGAAGCGGUGUAAAAGGGUAUUAUCCAUGUCCCUGUGAAGGGGAGAGACUUCUCCGCCUUAUUGAGAGCAGAAUAAGUGGUUAGUGGAAUUCCCGAGGAGAUGACUCCAUGGAGUGUAUGUAAGUCAGGUUGAUCAAACCAUUAUAAAAAUAUGAUUUGUAUUUUUUUUUCUUUUAUGCUUUACUUUAUCUCUUGCAUAUUUUGAUUUGUUGCUUAGAACUACUCUUUGUUGCAAAGUGAACUUUAUUUUACAAAAAUAAAAUAAAAUUAUAGUGCUAAGUCUUAAUUUUGGUAUUAAAAUAUUAUUGUUAAUUUUUCUUAUUCUCAAAGAUGUUUUGAAGUAAAAUUUUUAAAAUAUUUAUUUGGUUCACUUCUGCUGCAAUUGUUGUUACCGCAGUUCAAUCUUUGCAUUGAUUUUUAGUAACACAUUUCUCGAACACUAAUUAGUUUAAAAUUCACUAAUGAUAUAUAUAGUGUCACUGCUCAUAGCAUUGAACUCAAUGGGUUCUUUGGACCUAAAUAACUGCAGUAUUUUGAUCCUAAAUAAACGGCUGGUUUCGAAAAUCGCUGCAUCUAGAGCGAGAGAAAGCUUCUCACUUCUGUUUCUUCUUGCUACGCUUCAUUUCUUGGUUUCUGGAAUCAUUUUGCGUCACGUUUGAUGCUGUGCUUGCAUUGUUCAUAUAAUUGGGAAUACAACUUUUGAUGCCAAAGAAGAACAGUUGAUAACGAAUUUGUGAGGUGAUUGGUCCUCUUAUCUUCUUUAGGUCAGCAUGUACAGCCCUAGUCACGCCUUUCGAAUUCUUUGUAGUAGAGGUUUUAGGUUUGGAUUGGCGACUCUGGUUUGGGACUUUUGCUUGAGGUUCAAGAUAUGAAAUCUGCGUUCUUGACUCUUUUAUAGCUUCCCUGCCCAAAUCUUUUUCAAUUUUGAAACAAAUAGGUUAUCUGCUUGGGAAGUGGGUACUUUAAUCUAUCAAAUUUUUAAUGGCAUUUUGCUCACUUGCUUUCUUACUGAUAAGAUUGAUUUCCUCUAUAACGCUUUUGUUUCUAUAGGCAAAGCUUCAUGACAUGUUAUUGGCAUCCCGUUUAUUCUCAUUCAAGAUAUCAAAUGCAAAAUUUUCCCCCCACUAUUUAUAAUGACAGGCUUUAUUGGUAGAUUUUGAGUUUUUACAUUUUACGGGUGCACCAACAUUUAAAAUCUUUGAUCUUGAUUAUUUUAUGACAGUCGCGCUUUCCCUAAUCUGUAUUAUCAAAUCCUAAUCUUUGAUCUUGAUUAUUUUAUUGGCAUGUUUAAAUAACACAACGAGAUUUACAAUGUCAAUGAAUCAAACAACCCCUAACGGUCAUUUGUUUUUCCUGUACAGAGAUGAAGAAUAAUUUUUAAGUGCUUGUCGGAAUCUCCAAGGCUAUAAGAUAAUGAUUGUCUGCUAAGAGUUGAAUUUAUGGAGAACCAAGGAGUUGAUCAUAACAUGGAACUGGUCAAGGAUUGGGGUGGGCGAGCAUAUAAAUCAGUCACAGAUAGCCAGAAAUCAUUAGCCGGUCACGAUGCAGCUCUGCAUCAACCGUUAGGGCUCCCAUUUGCAGCUAAAGCUGCCUCUGCAAUGGCGGACGUAUUAAAUGGAUCCCAAAAAAGUAGUCUACAGCCUGAAUUGAGAAAUGUCAUUCCAACUGUUUCUGGUUCCAAUAAUGAUCCUUUGACUCUUUACCUGGCAAAAAUGUCCAGGCAUCAGAUGGAUGACGUUAUGCUGGAGAUGAAGGCCUUGGCUGAAAGAAAUGAGGCUACCGCUAAGCAACUACUGCAGGGGAAUCCUCAGCUGCGAAAGGCACUUGUUCAGGCACUGACUAUGCUUGGAAUGGAGACGCCACAAAUGAUGCAAAUGGCAAGUUCCCAGAAAUCACAUUUUGCAGUUCAGGAAGACAAAUUGGAUUUGAAUCCUGUGACGCCUUCGCGUCAUGGUCAAUUCCCGUUACAUGAAGAGGCAAUUUCUGAAGCAUUUUUCCAACUGCCUGAAGAUCAGACAAAAAAUGCAUCGCCAACUUCUGUUGUCUUACAACACUCAUUUCCUCAACAUGUUCCUCUUCCUGCUCAUCCGCCCUCUCUGCCACAAAAUGAAUUUCCAUCACAAGGAACAGUAUCUGUUGUUGAGCAACCUCAAUGGAACCCACCAAAUACAAGUCUGCAGCAGUCACUUUCACCUCAUCCUUCAACGUCCCAGAUUUCAUCAGAGGAGUCGUUUCUUCUGCAGCAGCUGAUGAGGUUGACACCAGAGCAGCUUAGUUCACUACCUCUGGACGAGCAGCAGCAAGUGCUCGAGAUCCAAAGGAUUCUCCGUUCGAAACCGACUUGAAUAGCUUCUGUAGGCUCCACACUCACAAUGAAUGGGGGACUCCAUUCACGUAUUUUAUAUGAAUGGUCCCAUGAUUCUUUGUUUGAUUAACCACUCUCCAACUAUUUUUUCACCCACCAUACAUUCUUUUAUGCACGGGAGAGAAAUAGAACAAUAAUGAGUUGGUCAUUGGUAGCUGAAUGCAAGGGUCUAUUAUGUUCCCUUGCUUCCAUGCAUCAUUAUUCAUUAAAGGAUGACCAGCAUACAAGAGAAAAUGAACAUGAGAUUCUUGUCUAUCUUUUAGAUGUGACCUAUCAUUCUUUCAAAUAUAUUUUUUCCCAAUGGUUUUAAUAAUACAAACACAAAGUGUCUUGUUGAUUA